UCCAUCAGUUACCUGCACAGAGUCAAGUAGUUAAUAUCUUUUCCUCUACUUGUUACACAUAUUCGUCUUAGAAAACUAAAAUGGUAAAAACACUUUAUUUGAUGAUGGCUUUAGUUUUAGGCCUAGUCCUUGCUAGCGUCACAAGUUUACCAACACCAGAUGAAGAACGCUAUUUUGACAAAGAGUUCAAUCGUGACCUGAUCAAUUGGCUUGCUUCUGUUCACUAUGCCCAAUCAAUUAAUAAUCCCUGCCGAUAUUACGGUGGUAAUACUUUGACAGCACCAAUGCCAAAACGAAACUCUGAGUUAAUUAAUUCGCUUUUAAGUUUACCCAAAAAUAUGAAUGAUGCUGGCAAAUAAUUUUCCUGAUAUAAACCUUUAUAAAUGCUCUUAUUAUUCGACUCAGCUGUCGAGAGUAGUGUAAAUUAUAUCUUAUUAACAAAUGUAUUUAAUAAUAUUCACAUAUGUAAUUAGAUGAAAAAUAUCGAUUAGUUAUUUUAUUAUUCUUUCUGUAUUAUUUUUGGUUUUAACAAACAUGUUCAAUAAAAAUGCAUUCACACUCUA